AUGUCUGGUUUCAGCUCCCUGACCCCAUGGGAGCGGGGAGAACCGGGCUGGAGAGCUUCCCCCAGCGGUGGGGACUGGGGGCUCUGCCCCCGCACUCCGGGCUGGAGCCAGCACGUAGCCGGCAGUGGGGCAGCCUCCCACGGGUCCAGCGGGGCUGGUCUGGCCCGGCCAGGAGGGACGGAAGGGGAGGAGACCAAGGCAGCCCAGAGUGAGGCUCGGCCGGCCGGACAGACCAGGGUGGCGGGGACCGAGGCAGCAGCUCCACUCGACUCCUCCGGCGGGGUCCCGGCGAUCAGCCGCGCCAUGUGCUGGGCUCUGGCCGCCGCCUUGCUGGGGACGCUGCUGCUGCUGCUGGCGCUGCGCUGCCGGCGGACGCGGCUACCAAGUGAACCUCCACUUGACAGAGGUUUUGUUCCUUGGCUGGGACAUGCUGCGGAAUUUGGAAAAGAUGCUGCCAGCUUCCUGUCUAAAAUGAAGCAAAAACAUGGCGAUAUUUUCACAAUCCAGGUUGCCGGGAAAUUUAUCACCAUCUUGUUGGACCCUCACUCGUAUGAUUCAGUGCUUUGGGAGUCAAGUUGUCAACUAGAUUUCAGCAAAUAUGCACGCCUUUUAAUGGAUCGAAUGUUUGAUGUCAAACUGCCUGACUAUGACCCCAAUGAGGAAAAGGUCAUGCUGAGAUCGGCUCUGCAAAACAAGAACCUUCCAUCCCUCACCAAGGCGAUGUUCUUCAACCUUCAGACCCUUCUGCUUUCUGACCCAAGCAAUUUGAGCCGGCAGUGGACAGACGAAGGCUUGUUUCAUCUCUCCUACGGUAUGAUGCUCAGAGCUGGAUACCUGACCCUGUAUGGUAAUGAAGAAGAAAACUACAACGAUCCUUCUUGCCAAGAUAAAGACCGGGCCCAUUCUGCUGAGAUCUACAAUGCGUUUUAUAAAUUGGACCAGCUGUUGAUGAGAGCUGCCCACUCCAUGCUAACUGCAGCGGAAAAGAAGGAAGCUGCCAGCCUUAAGGGACAUCUCUGGAAGCUACUGUCUGUAAAAAGACUGAAUUCCAAAGCCAACAAAAGCCUUUGGCUAGAGAGCUACAAGCAGCACCUAGAGGAACUGGGAGUGGAUGAGGAUAUGCAACCCAGAGCCAUGCUGAUGCAGCUCUGGGCCACACAGGGUAAUGCAGGUCCUGCCGUUUUUUGGCUUCUCCUGUUUCUUCUAAAGCAUCCUGCAGCCAUGGCAGCAGUUCAAGGUGAAUUAGAAAAAGUAAUUAGAAUUAGAGGACAAACAAUGAAACAGAUGCAAGGCAUUAGCCAAGAGAUGCUGGACAGCACUCCUGUUUUUGACAGUGUAUUGAAUGAAACACUGCGUUUGACAGCAGCCCCUUUUAUCAGCAGAGAAGUACUUGCAGACAUGCAACUGAGACUGGCAGAUGGCAGGAAGUUCAGCCUGAGAAAAGAAGACAGACUCUGUCUUUUUCCAUAUUUAAGCCCACAGAUGGACUCCGAAAUCUAUGAGGAGCCAGAGAAAUUUAAAUACGACAGAUUCCUCAAUGCAGACAACACAGAGAAAAGGGAUUUCUACAAAGGAGGGGAAAGGCUCAAAUAUUACAACAUGCCAUGGGGAGCAGGAAUUAACACAUGUAUUGGAAAGUUCCAUGCAGUCAAUAGCAUCAAACAGUUUGUUUUCAUCUUGUUAACCAAUUUUGACUUGGAACUGAAAGAUCCUGAAGCAAGAAUCCCAGGGUUUGACAAGGGAAGAUACGGCUUUGGAAUGUUACAGCCGGAGAAUGACAUCAUGAUUCAAUAUAAAUUGAAAGAUUAG